CGGAACACAUCAGCUGAGGUGCCUUGAGACAUGGUCUAUUAAAAGACGGCAAAGGUUCCUUUAUUUUGUUUAACCCCAGAAAAUCGUGUUUAUGACGACUGCAAACCGUGACCCACGGUGCGUAAAGUGCAGGUCUGGGGCUUCUCGUGCUUUCAAAUAUUUGCUCUGUCUCCAUCUACUGGAAAGAAACGUUGAACUGGCCAGUAUCUAGGCUAGACUGAGUUCAGAGGCAUAGAGGAGACAACCAAAAUAGCACAUCGAGGCCCAAAUCUAUUUAUCCUCCGCCCCCGAAUAUGGCUCUUUUAGGGGAUGCUUGACAAAUUAGAGAAAUGAGGGCUUCGCCGAUUUAUCAGCAUUUCCGAUUUCCAAGUAUUGCCAAAUUUCCUCCCCACCUUAGACACUGACAUCAGCAGCAGCCAGGAGCGGAGUCCCGCUGUCCCGUGGAAAUAUCACGGCACAGAGGCGAGAUACGCAUGGAACAUGGCUGCUAUGAGGACUUUAACCGUGGCAGGUCUGUUUUUGGCUUUUUGCGCUUUGGGACUGAUCGCGGUGGCGAUCAGCACCGACAACUGGUACGAGACUGACGCCAGGAGGCACCGGGAACGCUGCAAGAAUUACUCAAACAAAAGAAACGACCCCGGCUACAUUUACAUCUCCAACAACAACCUUCCGCUUCGGAUGCUGCCAAAGGAGAAAAACGUUGAAAGAAAGGGCUCCAGUGUCAGCGGCGAAAUGCUGCUGCGGGCUAAGCGGCACUUCUUGCCUCCUGCCCCGGCAAUGGAGUCUCUCUGCAGUCGGCAUUUCAACUCCACCGUCACCGGACUGUGGAGAAAGUGCCACAGAGAAGGGUUUGACUUGGAGACGGAGGAUUUGAUCUUUAAAGGAUUGGUUCCACGCUGCACACCAAUAAAAUACUACUACUCAUCAUCAGAGCUCCCCAGAAAUCUGCCAAUCAAUCUGACGAAGACAAUAAGGCAGGAUGAGUGGCACGCGCUUCAUCUCCAGAGGAUGACUGCCAGUUUCAUAGGAAUGGCCAUUUCCAUCAUCAUGUUCGGCUGGAUCAUAGGCGCUCUGGGCUGCUGUCAAGACCACGAUCUGAUGCAGUAUGUCGCCGGACUUCUCUUCCUCAUGGGAGGGACGUGCUGCAUAAUCUCCCUUUGCACGUGUGUGGCCGGAAUCAACUUUGAACUGUCCCGCUAUCCGCGCUACAUGUUUGGCAUACCAGAGGACAUCAGUCAUGGUUACGGCUGGUCCAUGUUUUGUGCGUGGGGUGGACUGGGCCUCACGUUGCUGGCUGGCUUCCUGUGCACACUCGCUCCCUCCCUCUACCCCCCACAGGCCAGUGCGGUGCACAAGCCCAGACAGGAGAACGGCUGUGUGUGACAGGCCGCGGGCAUACCAAACAGACACCUGUCUCAUCUGUGAAACAGUGACGAGCCCUGUUCCAGAGACAGCUUCACCCAGGGACUCAGAGAGAAGAGAAAGCCUUCACUUAGCCAGGCACAGAGAAAGCAUGGGACACUUGCUCGCACUCACAUGGGAAAUGAUAAAGAGGUGACAUUUGACUGAAGACGGUUUCAGUUCCUCUGGUGCUUUUUGAUUUUUUUCUUCUGUCCCUCUUUAUGAAUAAACUGUUGAGUGUCAUUGCUUGCUCUUCAAGAGGAGAAUAUAACAAUUUCUUCUUGUAAAAUCUGCUAGUUUGAGAAGAAAAACAGAAUAAAAAAGAGAAAAAGAUGCACUGGCAGGAGGUCAAUAGCACAACUUUCAAAUGGGAACUGAAGAUCAAACCAUGGACUUGUAAUUCACAUUUCAAAGGGCAACUGUGUAUCAUUAUGUACCCAUUCAAAACAAGAUAUGUACAUGUACUUUAUGAAUUGUAUGUAUGCAGAUGCAUUUGUGUUUAUUCAAGGAAAAAAAAAAAGAGCAUUAGACCAAACUGUGUUUGAGGGAAGUGUUUUGUUGUUCUUGAGGUCUUACCCCUGUCGGAAUAUUUUUGAAAAAUAAAAGAGCCAUGCAAAA